AUGGAGUCCCGUGGGUCCCGGGCCAAGGCAGUUGGGCAGCGCCUCCUCCAGGCCGAGACCCCAGGGAAGAAUGGGCUCCAGACUGUGCCCAGUGGCCAAGUGGGAAGAGUGCUGUGCUGGUUCACCACUGUGGUCCUGAAUGCUGCCUUCCUGGGGAUGGGAGUGAGCGCUGCUGUGCUAGGACCCACAUUUCCAGACCUGGCAAAGAAUGUGAACCGGAACAUCAGCAGCCUUUCGGAAAUCUUCGUGGGCCGCGCCCUCGGCUACUUGUGUGGCUCUGUGGUUGGCGGGGUGCUUUUCGACUGUAUGAAUCAUUUUUUACUCUUGGGGCUGUCAAACCUGCUCACCUCGGCCGGCCUUUACCUGACUCCUUUUUGUAAGACAGCAGGCUUGCUGAUUGCCAUGAUGUCUGUCACUGGGGUCUCAUUUGGCGUUCUGGAUACAGGUGGGAACGUUCUCAUCUUGAAUCUUUGGGGUGACAAAGGAGCCCCACACAUGCAGGCCUUGCACUUCAGUUUCGCCUUGGGUGCCUUCCUGGCUCCUCUGCUGGCUAAACUGGCCUGGGGGACGACAGCAUCUCCUCAGAACCACACAGAGCCUGGCUUUGACCGGUCAGCCUUGAACCGAUCCUCUGAAGCCACCUCAGACUCUCUGUUUGCAGCACCUGAGGACAUGAACCUGCUGUGGGCAUAUGCUUCCAUCGGCACCUAUGUCUUAGUAGUCUCUGUCUUUCUGUUCGCUCCAUUCUUUAAGGAAAGCUCAAAGCAGAAAACAUCCACAGCAUCUGCUCAGGGAGCUCGAAGAGCUAAAUAUCACAGGGCCCUGCUCUGUCUCCUCUUCCUCUUCUUCUUCUUCUACGUUGGAGCCGAGGUGACCUACGGCUCUUACAUAUUCUCCUUCGCCACCACCCAUGUUGGCAUGGAAGAAAGUGAAGCAGCCGGCUUGAACUCCGUCUUCUGGGGGACCUUUGCAGCCUGCAGGGGCCUGGCCAUCUUCUUUGCAACACUUCUACAGCCUGGAACCAUGAUUGUGUUGAGCAGUGUUGGCAGUCUUGUCUCAUCUUUGUUUCUGGUCCUUUUUGACAAGAGCCCUCUUUGUCUCUGGAUCGCAACUUCUGUGUACGGAGCCUCCCUGGCAGCCACAUUUCCCAGUGGCAUUUCCUGGAUCGAGCAGUACACCAGCCUAAGUGGAAAGUCUGCAGCAUUUAUUCUGAUCGGUGCUGCCCUGGGACUCAUGGCUACUCCUGCACUAUCUGGAAUUCUUCAGGGACACUACCCAGAUCUGCCAAUAAUUCUGUACACUUGUCUGGGGUCAGCGGUAUUCACGACCGCUUUGUUUCCUGUGAUGUAUAAAUUAGCCACCUUACCUCUAGAUGGCAAGCAGAAAAAAAGCAUCAAGAGUGAGAGGCAGAAGUUUUUACCUUCCAGCUCUGGACUGCAAGGGAGGAAAUGAAAGGAUGAGGACAAAUGCACUGAAAUGGGAAAAGCAGGAGCAGGGACCAGAAGGCUUUGCUUUCCAACUCUAGCUAAACAAGGAAGCUAAUGAAGAUGGGAAGGGGGUUGGUGUGCAAUGGAUUUUGAAGUGGUUAAAAUGAAGAAUGAGGCAUUUUCUAAUAGAAAUACAAUAGAAAUGUUCUUAGAUAACCCAUAGCUGAGGUCUGCAUGCAACUAUCCUGAAAUGCUCUGCAGCCUGCAUCUUAUCCAGUUAACAGUGAGGAUUCAGUUGGGAAUAUCCAGGACAAGGGACUAAGAGAGAAAAUGGGCUGGUGACUGAGUGGCCUCACUGAGUGACUCCUAAGGAGCCUGUCAGAGCCGAGCACUAGACGUUCAGCAUGUUUCAGGAACCCAACACAGGUCCAUUUAUAGUCAGUGGUAAAGUUGGGAAGUGUUUGAUCCUCAGGGUCUCCCAUAAGCUACCAGGUGUUCUUGUUCAGGACCUCAUGUUUGGUAGGAAGCUGAUUAAGUAAUAGUUUAUGAUCUCCAACUUUCAAAGAGUUCAUAGAAGACAUCUGUUGGUGUUUGUUUUGUUUGAGACAGGGUGUUACUGUGUAGCCCAGGCUAGCCUCAAAUUUGCAAUCUUCCUGCCUCAGUUUCCUGACUGCUGAGGCACUUGAAAAUUUAGGGAGCUCCCUAAUGUGGAGAAGCCACAGAGUGAGUUGUAUUUGCUGGACAGAUAACAAGUUUUCUCAUUCCACCUGAGAAGCUAGGGGUGUAAUUUCACGACAUAGUGUCCUAGACAAUGGGGAGGAAGUUUUAUUCAUUGCUUAUGUUAUCUGUAGG